AAUGUCCUGGAUGGGGGCUUCCGCAAGGUGAAUUGUACUCUAUUGAUUGCUUAAGAAUUGAUAAAUUGUUUGGGGUCAUCACUAAUCUUUUAUUAGGUGUAAUUGAUCACUUAUUAUAUUAUUUAUUUAAAAUAAAUAAAUUUUGGUUAAAGACUACGAUUAUGCAUGGGAAAGUCUACGAAUGGAAUAAAAAUGAUGAAACUAAAAUACAAAGGAUGAAAGAACCUUUUAUUUGUUUCAAGGACUUAGAUGGGGCAAUUGAAAAGUGGUGGACUAAAACCAAAGCGCCAAUGAUUCAGAAAGGUACGUAAAGGCCUGUUGUAUUGUCUUGCCAUUUUGUUCCAACAUUUACCAAAGGGUGCUGUUCUUCUCACUUCAAUGUUGAAAUCCCCAUGGCCUCGAAUCCCCGGUCAAUUGCAGCCUCUGUUCACCAUUCUUAACCUCCUUUUUUCUCCCAUGUCUCUGUAAUGUUAGGGACAAGAAUGGAUGAGGGAGAGCAGCGGCUGAGUAAUGAGUGGUUGGAAAAAUGCAUCUCGAGGGAAAGGAAGACAAUGGAGGUUGAGCAAUCAUGGAAGUGAAUUCCGAUCUGAUAUGGGGUUGAAAGGAAGGGGAUCUGAGAAGAAGAAACCGAUCGAGGCAGCAGGAGAAUGGCAGACCCGAUCCCGGUACCCGAUGGAAAGAGGGGCUGAGGAAGGGAAUUUGGCAGCGAUCCUUGACCGCAUGUUUGGAGCGCCGAAUGCAAUGCAGGAUAGGACAAAGUUUUUGUCUUGUCUUGUCUUGCUAUUUCCCAUGUUUGGUGGAAGGAAGAGAUGGGACACGCAACAUCCUACAUUUUAUCCAAUCCUGACCUCUCUUGAUAAAAUGUAUCCCACCUCCCCAAUGGGAUUAGGUGGGAGAAGAUUGAAUUUUCAUAUUUUACCCCUUCUUUUCCCCGCAUUGAUUUUCUCCUCUCAUAUACAAGAUGCCUGCACAUCGGCGCCGAUUCCGGCAUUGGUUUAUUUCAUCAAUUCUGAAAAUGCAUUUUUCAUCCUGUUGAUCUCCUCCGUUCUCCUAAGCUUCGGCAUCUAUUUUAUCUUCCAGCAUGGAUCUCUUUGUAAAUCUCCUGUUUUCCCUUUCUUCUUCUUCCAUCACUGAUUUCUUUAGUCUCCGAUCAUCCCUUUCCUUUUCUUUUUCUCCUGAAAUAAAGAAACUCAUAUUUAUCCCACUCCUUUUUCUCACUCACAAGGCAUUUGUAUCUCAAAUUUCAAUUUCAUUUGAAUCGACACCGAUGUCAUUGUCUCCUC